UGUGUGGCAACUGGACGCAACGCACUUUCUGAAUCCGCUUCCGGGCGUGCCGACGACACCGAUGCUGGUGCCCACGGACCGAUCGCAGGGUUUUUACCCGAGCAGCACUCAAUGGUAGCAGCUGAGGGGCGAGUGCGGAGCGAGGGUUGCCAGACCCGGAGGAUUUCUCACGGCUCGCGGACUAGAAUGCUGUUAUAUAGGUAUCCCCAUGAACGGAUGACAGCCCCCAGAACAAACCGACACUGAAAACUUUCAGCUCCGAAUUUGACGCGGAGCUGGAAUUGAGAUUUUUCUUUCUUUCUUUACGAGCGGGCAUCGUUGCAGGUGCAAACUGUGGGCCAAGCGUUACUGAAAUGAGUAGCUCGGCGCUGACGCGUUUCGUUGUGCCACAGAACCCCGCAUUGGCAGAUGCCAUUUUACUCUGCGUUAUCCCAGCGUCCGGAAUUCCAACAUACUGGGCCUGUUCGGCAAGCAGAAGUUCGUGAGGCAGUGGCAAACAAGCGGGUGCAAUGACAAGCUACGCUGUCGAAGGCAUGGUGUGCCAUUCGUGCUAAAAGCUUAUGGGCCCUGCGUACUAAAGCUCCCGGCUUUUCCACUUGGAGAGGUUUGCGGCUGGGAAACUUCGCACUGGCUGUCGCUUUCACAUCUGGACCGCCUGACUACUGUCAUCUGCGGCCUGUUCCGACUGUGCACUCCACGAACUUGUAUGUGUAAGGGGUAAUCAGAUCGCCUCGGGUGGUGUCGUGUUAAGGCAAAAAAAAGGGGUGAAUAUUUGGCUUGGACUUGACGUUAUCGGUGAUCCAAAGGAACACCGUAGUCCAAAGCUGGACUGGCAUACCGCUCGAGGAAAAAACGCUUAUCCAGCUAUGGAUUUUGCGUAGCAAAGUCACGCAUUUUUAAAGGCACGGCUAGGGUGACAUUGCAGUCUUCUCAACACAUCGGUUAUUUCGUCGUCCGACAAAAAAAAAAGAGAGUGAAAGUGGAGUGUUGUCCGUCCUACGUAUCCGCGCAGUGGGAUUUCUGCGUCUGGUCGGCGUCCCCCCCCCACCCUUCCGCGGUGACGGUUAUGGGUCGGAAGCGGUGUGUCGGUGCAGAUUGUUCCAAGAUGGCGGCCGGGUGCUGCGGGGUGAAGAAGCAGAAACUGUCGGGAUCGCCUGGGUCGGGGUGUCCCGGCGGGAUGGGGGCGGCAAACGGGGUGGCAGGAACCGGGCACUGUGGCUCGGAGUUGGGGAUUGGCUCCUCUGCCACCGUUGCAACAGCGGCGAACAUGAGCAGAGCCAACGGCCUGGGGGGACCUGGGGGUAACGUUAGCAGCAGCAGCAGCAGCAGCAGCAGUAGUGGUAGCAGCAGCGGCACAAACGCUCUCUCCCUAUCCCCGGCCGGUUACUCUUCAUCCGGCCUCUCCCCGAAUCUCAGCUCGGGACCUGGUUCGGGAGGUGGCGGCAGAAAGAUGGUCGUCUCGGCGGAGAUGUGCUGCUUCUGUUUUGACGUGCUUUAUUGCCAUCUGUACGGAUACCAACCCCCGAGAACACCCAGGUUUACAAAUGAUCCCUACCCGCUGUUUGUCACAUGGAAAAUAGGCAGAGACAAGCGGUUGAGGGGUUGUAUAGGUACAUUUUCUGCCAUGAAUCUGCACUCAGGACUCAGGGAGUACACCCUUACCAGUGCCCUUAAAGACAGCCGCUUCCCCCCUAUGACAAGGGAUGAGCUGCCUCGCCUCUUCUGCUCAGUGUCUCUGCUCACCAACUUUGAAGACGUUGGUGAUUACCUUGACUGGGAGGUGGGUGUUCACGGUAUUAGGAUAGAGUUUUUCAAUGAAAAAGGAUCAAAGCGUACCGCCACCUACCUACCAGAGGUUGCAAAGGAGCAAGGUUGGGACCAUAUUCAAACCAUAGAUUCCUUACUACGAAAGGGAGGUUACAAAGCUCCCAUCACAAACGACUUCAGGAAGACCAUUAAGUUAACCAGGUACCGUAGCGAGAAGAUAACAAUGGGUUAUGCAGAGUACAUCGCCCACCGCCAGCACCAUCACUACCAGAAUGGCAUUGGGCACCCUCUACCACCCUACAACCAUUAUUCCUGACAGCGAGCCGCAUGACCAAUCAUUGGACCUCUCUGCGGACCUUUUCCCAGGAGAGCCAGCCCCCUCCUGGUCUAGCUAUUUCUACUACUGUACCAUUUUAUGAUGAUAGUUUCCGUUGCCAUGCUGGCCGUCUCCCAGACGUUGACAUGGCAACGGGUGGCAACGAAACAUCAUUAUGGCAAGAAAUCCACAUUUCUUUUUCAUUGCCUGGGGUUAAGUUUUUGCAGCUUAUGUAUACCAAUAUUUAAAAUGCACCCCUAUCAAUAACAUUUCUGAAAAUUUAACUGCUAUUGGAUUCUUUUCAGCAAACCUAAUCAGGUGUUUGCUUCUGUGGAUGGAAGAAAGUCUUUUUCAGUGGAUUAAUCUUGCACAUUGUUUAAAAGCUUUGCUACAAUAUUACAUUAUCUAUAAAAAAAAAACAUUCUUUCCUUUUUUUUCUCUUUAUAUUAUUAUCCAGACAUCUAUGCCAUGUAGCAAGGCAACUGCAGUUCUCAAAGGCUGUGUCGAUUUCUAUCCUGACUCGUCUCAAAAAACGGAAAAAAAAAAAUACAGAUUGACUUAUGGGCUUUGUAAACUGUAGUGUUGUAGUUGGAACUAUAUAUCGGGAUCUGUAUACUCCAAAGUGUAGAUUGUGAUGCCCGUUGAUGGUAGUGUGUAUUCUUUGAGCUCCCAAUGGUGUGUGUGUGUGUGUGUGUGUGUGUCUCUGUGUGUGGAUAUAGAUAUUGGUGUGCCACAAGAUGAAUUACAAUUUGGAUUUUACCUAAAGAUUCCCCACAGAGAUUUUGUGAAAAUCUCCCCUUUAGUAUUUGAAGUGUUUUGUGGUGGAACCUGUACACAUCAAAUCGAGUUUGUUUUGGCUAGAGCUGUCAGCCAAGUUCCCUCUUUUUUAGUUUUACCUUUUUAAAUGUAAUUUAGUUUGUGGAGGAAGCCAUUUUGUCUGUGGAUAAUCAGGGCAGCGGUUCAGGGGUUAAAAUGGGCUUCAAGUGGGUCUGACUGGAGAAGGUGAGCAGGCACAACAGCAAGUUGCUAGAAGAAGAAGAAGAAAAAAAAAUAGUUUGCAGUGCUUUCAAUUUGAAUUGACUUUCUGAGUUUACCUGCAGGGAGUCACUUGAUAGGGAAAUGCUAAAGCCACUAAAAGCCAUAUUCUCUUUCUAUUCCACACGUUGUAACAGCGGUCUGUUUGGCUUGAAGCGCGUGCGUUGGGCACCACUUGGUGACCCACUUUUAAUACAUAAGUCUUCCCUCUUUGAAUGCAAACUCCAAAAACACCAGCCAGCCUCGGGACGAGGCGGCAUCGCUGAACACUAGAGUCGGAUGCCUUGCCGAAUCGCCAUGGAAACCUUGUCUAGCCUCUUCGGAUCCUAGCCAACCACCUGUCACUCGCUCAAAGAGGGUUCAAGUUGCCGUUUUUGUUUCCGUUUGUCCGCGUCAUCGUGCUGUCGGGAGUUCAGUCAGCCCCCCCGCCGCUCAGCGGGACCCCGUCGGUCUGGCAGAAGUCCGAGAGAACCCAGUAAAAAGCAGAAUCCAGGCGCGGGGCCCGUCGGCCUGCAGUCACAAAGCCUGGGCUUUAUGUCGGGACGCUAGAAGCCAUUUUCUUUUCAUCCCAACAGUCCCCCACCUGUGGGGAGUGUCACACGCACACGGCCGAUCAGAGACCCCUCAAACCCCAAGGUCUGAACUGUCGGAUCAGCGUGAGCCGCUUUGGUUCUGCUCGCCGGACGGAUUUAAGAGGUCCUCGUGACGUGACAUCUUUCUUCGUAACAGCCUUUACUAACUGACAGGUUAUUUUAUUUGUUAUGCAAAAUGUCAAGGGCUUUUGGAACUCCAUCCACAGUAAACUGAAACAACCCAGAUUUAAGUUGUGUUGCCUUAAACGAAUGAUCUAGUAAAUGGUGGACCUGUAGAUGCCAGUUUGACUGCUCCCCUCCUCCCGCCCCAUCAUCACACACCACAGUGUAGGAACGGGCCUCGGCUUUUGUUUUUGUCACCAGAAUGCUCCAGAAGGCCUCCUUAGACAUUUGGGGGUUCCUUGUCCUGCAGUCGCCUGUUUGCUCACGUCGUACCCAGCUGCUGGCCCUCAAUUCUUUCGUUUUUUGAAAGCCCCACAUGAACACAUUCUCUUAAAAUAAUGUCGGGCGCUGUGGUGUCGUCGCCCUUAAAUGUUCCGUCUUGAAAGACGGCAUCAUGCCUCAUCUGAUGUGCGCCUUCGCGAUGAACACACUACAACAAAAGAGGAGCAGUCAGGCAUUCAUUUCCCGGUCCAGUUAGCACAGCACAACAUGAAUUCUUCUGCUGCAAAACCAAAUUGACCAUGCUCUUUUACAUAUAGUAUGUCUUUGUAUACACAUGCAAUGUAUUUAUUUGCAUGUAUGUAUGAGUAUGAGACCUAUGGUUUUAUCCAUGAAAUGCUUGAUCUAUGGCUUAGACGCUCUUUUUAACCAUUAAGAGAUUCAAAAGACAAAUAUGGUGCUAUCGGACCUCAUAUUGGGGUGGUCACAGUUGGUGACUGGUCAUGCGGACUCAUUGAUCAUAUCACACUUAAAGAUGCUGCAUGUACGAUUUUCUCCUCGGGGGUGUUGCUGGGAAUUGACUUGUGACGGCGCCGAUAGAACCGGUCGCCCCAACGCUGGGCCCCUUUCAGAGCCACAUUCUAGCGUAUGAAGAAGGAAACGCUCCCUGCAGCAAACACCUCAUCGGGGCUACGGAAUGUACUGUUCAUGUCGCCAGUGACAUGUUUAGAGAAAAUCCUACAUGUGUUACAUUUUACUAUCCUUGAUAUAUGCAGAUCUGUUCAACAGGUGUUUUGUGUGUGUUUUUUUUUUUUUUUUUAAUGCCCCCCCCCCCCCCCCUACCAGUGCAAGUCAACACCCCUGCAGGGUUUGAAAGGACACGAAGUCACAUGUAGCCUCCCCGCCCCUCGAUCCCACCCCAACCUCAUGGCUGGGUCGCUCACGGUGCGGCGCGUGUCGUUUUGCUCGAUGGCGGCAGCAGCAGGGGCCGUUUUCGCUGCUCCGAGAUGAGAAGAAGAAGAAGCCUUCCGUUUUUCGUUUAGCCGCUCCAUUGUGGCGACCUCGCUGAGGGCACGGUUUGAUUGGGUCGAUGAGCGAAAAGAUCCCACCGCAGAACCUCUCCCAGCCUCUUGAGCUGCGCCGAAGGUGAGCACCUCCUGCAACGGGAUGCAGAAGAGCAAACGGUCCCCCUUUAGGUAGUGAUUUUAACUGUUUCAACGCAUUGAUACCUCAUGGGACAGUGUGGAGCGACGUCCGUAGUUUCUUUGUAGCAGAUGGAGAUUUGGUUCCAUACCAGGGUGAGAGUUCAGCCUCAGCAUUCCUCGUGUGGUCCUUCUCAUAUUUAGUGGAAUGCUCGUGUUCCCUUCGUAUGUUGGGACUGAACCAAAGAUGCCAGCGUUCGUGCCCCACGUGCUGCGCUUCAGGCCUGGCUUCCUGUCCUUCCACCCCCUGCAAUUGACGAAAGGUUUUUUGUUAUUGAGCAACCCAAUUUUUUUCAAUGAAUUUUUAUUGAGUCUAUCUCUGAAGCCGUACAUGGAAUCAAUGAGUUAAAAAAACAAAAAAACAUUGUGGUCACGGUAGUUUUGUUUAUUAUUAUUAGUUGUACUAGGAUUUAGUGUUACAAUAAUUUACAAAAAUGAAAAUCCCAUGGUGUGCCUCCUAGCUUUAUGGGUUUCUAAAUGUUUUUUCCCUAAAGACCAGCAGUUAUACUUUGUAUAAAAGAUGGAUUCCUUAUUUUUUAUGCCAUUAAAGAUGAAAAAGCCUGUUUUCUUUACUCUGGACCCAUUAGCUGCACUGGUGUAUAAUCACACUGAUGGAUGAAUAAAAACAAAUAAAACAUAAAAAAUAAUUUAAUGACAAAUGAAAUAAGAACUACAAUAAACUUGUGUUUGAAGCUUUUAUUAAAAAAGAAAAAAAAACAACUAAAGAAAAUGACUGUUUUUGUACAUCAAAAUAAAUUCUUUUCAAAAGAA